GUAUAUAAAUACAUAUAUAUCUAUAUAUAUAUAUAUGUGUAUAUGUAUAUACAUAUCCUGGCUUUGUAUGCGUAUAUGUUUGUUUCUUGAUUCCCAGAGCAUCAGAAUAAAAUAAUAAUGUCCCAAACAGUGCGCCGCAUGAAUCUGUCUGAUUUUAAGCUCGAGAAGCAGAUCGGAAGCGGCGCAUUUAGUAAAGUUGUCAUAGGUCUUCAUUUACCGACAGAUGUAUACUACGCAGUUAAACUCAUUUCCAAGAGAACUAUUCUAAACGCGCCAACCGAAGAGGAGCGGAUAAAAAUGGCUGAAGCAGCACGACGGGAAUCCAGAAUGCUUCUGAUGUGUGUUCACCCGAACAUUGUGCGGUUCUUUGGUUCUAUGCAGUCACCAGAAGAUUUAGUAUACAUUACAGAACUCUGUGAGGGGGGUGAGUUACUUGAUGCAAUAAAACGGCUCCAUCGCAUUCCAUUAGAAGCUAGCAGACACGCCAUCGCUGAACUUUUUUCUGCAGUAUUUUAUCUACAUUAUGGUGAAAAGAAAAACCUAUUCCUCCCAGGAGCUCCAGUGAAGCCCAUCACAGUCUUGCAUCGUGACAUUAAGCCCGAGAAUGUAAUGUUGAGUUCAAAUAUGCACGUCAAGCUCAUUGAUUUCGGAACUACAGUUGUGUGUGAGUCAGUAAACGACCGUCCCGAGGGUGAGAAAAGUGGCGGCGAACGUGCACAAACAUUUUGCGGAACUUCCUACUACAUGUCCCCUGAACUUCUCCAAGAUAAUUAUACUUGCUGUGCAUCGGACUACUGGGGUUGUGGCUGCGUUCUAUAUCACAUGCUAGUGGGAAAGCGACCUUUUGAUGCGCCCACACAAUAUCUUCUUAUUAGGGCAGUUAUAGAACAAGAGCCCGAGUAUCCUGAGAAUUUAGACCCACUUGCAAAGGAUCUUAUUAAGAAGUUACUAAUAAAAUCGCCCGAAAAGCGUAUUUCAAUGCAUGAGAUUAAGGCACAUCCCUUUUUCUCUACAGUUGGUUUUAAUAAUCUCACGAUGGCUAACGUUGAGAAUCUGUGGGUAAAAGAAACGCCAUGGGUAGAUGUAAUAUCAGUCUUGAACUGUGCAAAUUGUAAAAGAGUUUUCUUCCCAUUUAGUAGAAAGGAUUAUUGCAGGUUGUGUGGUAAUUACUUUUGCCUUUGGUGUCUUCCAGAGAAGCGCGUUUUAGUUGGCUUCCGUCAUCACUGCCCGCAGUUAGUUUGCUCGCUGUGCAGCAAGAAGCUGAAUCGAUUAUAA